GGAGACGUUCCGUUUCUAUACUAUAUGGAUUUUUUUCCAUUUUGUCAGAUGGAAUCUGUCAAUGUUCUAAAUAACCUUGGAGAAUACUGUGUAGUAUUGUCUACGAUUCUAUUCAUGUAAAUGCGGCAUGAUUCUUUUUUUGGAUAGGCUCGGCGAGGAGCGGAACAGCUCAGAUCCAGUCGAUCCAGCUCAUAAAGAACUCUCAGAUAUCAAAGUUGCUAUAUGACCCCGCGAACCCAAUCGUAACUUACACUCAUCACAUUCAUCAUUCACCAUCAUUUCGUUCUUCAUCAUGUUUUCUCCAAUCGUUCAUCUCUCUUACACGUUCGUUGUUUUGACAUCUAUCUUGACUCAUGUCAAGGCAGACUGUGCAUCGUACGGUAUCGAUUUCCAAAAUGGAGGUAACUAUUUCAUCAAUAGCGCGGAUACUUCCAACUUCACUGCCGUCACCCAAUUCACCGGAUGCACUGGCGAGGCUGAGGUGAUUCUUGUUGCCCCUAAUGAUGAUUCAUGGGAGUGCAGUGACAUUGAAACUCAACCUGACAGCACCAAUAUGCUUUCAACAUGUCCCAUCUCCAAAAAUCAGAUGUACAGUGGAACUUGGACCAUUGUCAUUUUGGCCAACAAUGGGAACGGAGCUUCUUUCGCCGCCCAGAGAACAUUUGAACUCACGGUUGGAACUCAAGCUACAGUAACAUACAUCCCAACCGUGAAUAUCACGAAUGUGGUGACACCGUCAAUAACUCUUCCCACUACCAUUACCGACACAGAUUCAAGCACGCUUCCUGCUGUUACAGUUACCGAAGCUUCAGCUACCGCCAAAAGGACAGUUACAAUCACACCCCAUAAAGUCACAAUAACGAAGACCACAACCUCCACACGGACUAUCACUUCAAGAAAAUACACUUUUCCCAUCGUUACAGUUACGAGAACAGCCUCGUGUAGACUUCCCACCAAACCACCCAUGCAAGAUGUGUACCCCAACUACCAUUUCCUUCUCUUGGCUCAAAGCAUCACAUCCAAUUCUUCUGUUAAACGUACUGCAAUACCAGCACCCGCAGCUGCAGUCAUUACCCCGGCUCCAAGGGCGAAUCCUGAAAGCCGAGAUGCUGUUGUUGACAUUACUAAUGUUCUUGGACGUCGCGCUGUUGGUCGUGUCAUCGCGAAGAAGCUUAAGAAGCGAGCUCCAGAUGUUCCAACCGUAACAGUCACUGACACAACCACAUCUGAUUGGAUCACAUCCACUAUUACCAGUACUGCUGCUACUACAACUUUCUUUAGCACAUCUACUUUAACUACGGUCACUACUGUCACACCCGCACCAGUUACUGUCCGCACCGGCGUAACUACUGCAACGAUAACGGCACCAACUCCUACAUCAACAAAGACUACCCAGACUUUCACCGUUACCACGGUCACAUCGACAAUCACGUACAAUAUCACGAUCACAAAGACAACAACGCCGGCUUCGGUCGUCGCAACCUGUACUUCGAAGGGAGGCUCAAUUGUUUGAUUGUCUUAGAUUGUUUUGAUGUUUUUGAUCUUCUAUAUUUCUUUGUUUGUUAUGUUCUGAAGUUUUCUUCUGGAGUUUUAAAUUCGAAGAAAUUGGGGUGAGGCGUGAUUUGAUUCAAGACCCUUUCCUAAUUCAAUGGUGGAAUUGUAUUGGGCCAUGCCACAAUACGAGCUGGGCGAUGUUACGUUUUUCCCUCUGUUUAUCUGGGGCUAUUUUUAUGUAUCUGUGCAAUUGAAACAAAUAUUGAAAUUUUCUCGUGUUCGCUGUCUGCAAUGUAGCAAUCGGCUAUUUGAUCCGUAUAUGUACAUAUGAUAAAAUCUACAUGCGUUAUGCACA